AUGGGGUACACGUCCUCUUAUCGCAAGGCUUGGAUAGCUAAGCAAAAGGGUCUUAACUUGCUUCGUUUAGCAACAGCAAGCCCUCUAGUUAGAGGAAAUGACACUGAUCAACAAGCUUUACUCCAGUUGAAAGCCAAGAUAACUGGUGAUCAGCUCAACAUUAUGGAGUCCUGGAAUAGCUCCAUUCACUUAUGCCAAUGGAUCGAUGUUACAUGCGGUCGCAAGCAUCCAAGAGUCACCAAGUUGAAACUUCGAGUCCUCAAACUCUCUAGAUCAUUGUCACCCUACAUUGGAAACUUGAGCUUCCUCAGGGAGUUGAAUCUUACGGGCAACAGCUUCUACAACCAAAUUCCUCAAGAAAUCGGUGGUUUAAGAAGGCUGGAAGCAUUACACCUGGCCAAUAACUCCAUCAGUGGUGAAGUUCCUUCUAAUUUAUCUGCUUGUUCUAAGCUUAUAUUAGUUGAUAUGUCGAACAACCAGCUAACGAGUGAAAUACCUUCUUUGCUGGAUCUCUUGUCAAACCUAAAAGUAUUAGGUUUUAUCAACAAUAAUUUGAAAGGGAGUAUCCCACCAUCGUUGGGGAACUUGUCAUCCUUGGAGAAACUUGGUUUGGAGGAUAAUGCAUUAAGUGGGAUUAUACCUGAAGCUUUUGGACGACUGAGCAAUCUUUCAUUUUUCGCCAUAUCCGGAAAUGCGAUUUCUGGUAUUGUUCAUGUCCCAAUGUUCAAUCUCUCCAAUAUUAGAGCCUUUGAUAUUGGUAUAAACAAGAUUCAAGGUACUCUUCAUUCUGAUUUAGAAAUCAAUAUGCUUUAUGUUGAGUUCUUUUCUGUAAUGGAAAACCAAAUCUCUAGACAAAUUCCAAUUUCACUAUCCAAUGCCACAUACCUUCAUGUCCUUGAAUUUUCUGGAAACAGAUUCACUGGAAACGUGCCUUCAUUAGAAAAGCUAGAUAAACUGUCUAACCUUGAACUAGGAAAAAACUAUUUGGGACAUGGGAGAGAAGGUGACUUGAACUUUCUCUGCAGUUUAUUCAAUAAUACCAAACUGAGCUUUUUAUCUAUAGGCAAAAAUAAUUUUGGAGGGGAAUUUCCGAAAUGCAUUAGCAAUUUUUCUAGAACCCUUCGGGGUUUAGCGAUGGGUGAGAACAACAUUUUGGGAAAAAUCCCGGAUGGGAUUGGAAAUCUCAUCAAUUUGGAGGUGCUUGUGUUUUCAAUAAAUCAACUAUCAGGUCCCAUUCCCUUCAAUAUUGGGAGGCUCCAAAAGCUAAAAAGAUUUUUCGCUAAUAGUAAUUUUCUCUCUGGGACUAUUCCCCAUUCUAUAGGAAAUUUAUCAGAUAACAAGCUUAGUGGACCAAUACCCCCUGAAGUGCUUGGACUUCCAUCCUUGUCCAUUCUACUAAAUUUGUCUUCUAAUUAUUUGACUGGUGAACUUUCUGUUGGAGUAGAAAAACUAAAAAUUCUAAGUAUAUUGGAUGUUUCUCAAAAUAGAUUAUCUGGUUUGCUUCCAAAAAACCUAUGUAGUUGUGUAAGUCUAGAGAAGUUGUUCUUGGAAGGCAAUUUGUUUGAAGGACCCAUUCCGUUAUCUUUGAGUUCAUUGAGAGGUCUUGAGGCAUUAGACUUAUCUGACAAUAAUCUUUCCGGUGGGAUUCCAAAAUUUCUUAUGCGAUUUGGGGCAUUAAAGUAUCUAAACCUCUCUUUCAAUGAUUUGGAGGGACUAAUACCAAGUGAAGGAGUAUUUAAGAAUACAAGUGCUACAUUUGUUGAGGGAAAUAGUAAGCUUUGUGGAGGCAUCCCUGAGUUACACUUGUCAAGAUGUAACUCCAAAAAAUCAUCAAAAACUUCCCUUAAAUUGAAGAUCACAAUAAUGGUUGUGAUUUCAGGAGUGACUUCAGUAUUCUCUAUUUUCUUCAUCAUUUGGUUUAGAAUGAAAAAAGAGCAGAAGCCAAUGACAACUCAUGUAGAAAAUUCUCUUUUACAGUUACCGUACCAAAGCAUCCUAAGGACUACUAACGGAUUCUGCCCUCAAAAUUUGGUUGGUUCGGGAAGCUUCGGAUCUGUAUACAAGGGAAUUCUUGAAGCGAAUGGAGCAGUUAUUGCAGUAAAGGUGUUUAAUCUUUUGAAUCAUAGAGCUUCCAGGAGUUUCUUGGUUGAAUGCGAGGCUUUGAAGAACAUUCGACAUCGUAAUCUUGUCAAGGUAUUAACAGCCAUUUCAGGUAUCGAUUAUCAAGGCAAUGAUUUUAAAGCCUUGAUUUAUGAGUUCAUGGAAAAUGGAAGCUUGGAGGAUUGGCUACAUCCAUCUGUUGGCAUGAAUAAACCAGAGACGAUGAGAAACCUAAAUUUCUUUCAAAGACUUAAUGUGGCCAUAGAUGUUGCUCAUGCACUCGAAUAUCUGCACCAUCGUUGUGAGACGCCGAUCAUUCAUUGUGACCUCAAGCCAAGCAAUGUUUUACUCGAUGGGGAAAUGGUUGGUCAUAUAAGUGACUUCGGCUUAGCAAAAAUCCAUUCUGUAGAUAAGCUUAACUAUUCUACUAAUGAAUCAAGCUCCCUUGGAUUAAGAGGAACUAUCGGCUAUGCUCCACCUGAAUAUGGCACGGGAAGCGAGUUGUCCACAAAUGGCUAUGUGUAUAGUUAUGGCAUCCUCUUGUUAGAGAUGUUAACAGGGCAAAGGCCAACAAAUGAAAGGUUCAAAGAAGGUUUAAGUCUUAACAACUUUGUCAAAACAGCUUUGCCCGAUCGAGUAGUUGAGAUUAUAGAUCCCGUUCUUCUUCAAGAAAAUGUCCGAGGAGGAACAGCCGCCUACAUCACUCUUAAUGAAAACAACCUGGGAAAUGACAUACAUCUUCAGUGCUUGAAUUCAAUAUUCGAAAUAGGACUCGCUUGUUCUACCGAAUCACCUAGUGAGAGGAUGAACAUGAGUAAUGUUAUUACCAAGCUUUGUUCAAUUAGAGACAAGCUUCUUCGUCCAACUCGGUUACGUCGUGGUAUUUGAACUUUGUAUGCUACUCAAUCAGCAGUUGCAGGUAUCUAAGGUGUUGUACGGAUCAACUUCAGAGAGACUUAAGUCCGACAAAGUGCUUGAUGUUCUCCAAGAAAAUAGAAUAAAUAUGGCGGUUUUUUC